GUAAAGAUGGCGGCGAAUCCGAACGCUACCAAACCAAUAUUUGAGUGUCCGAGCUGGGCUGGCAAGCCACCCCCAGGUCUUCAUCUUGAUGUUGUAAAAGGAGACAAGCUUGUUGAGAAAUUAAUUAUUGAUGAAAAGAAAUACUACCUGUUUGGAAGGAACCUAGAUAUCUGUGACUUUACUAUUGACCAUCAGUCUUGCUCCAGAGUUCAUUCAGCCCUGGUCUACCACAAGCAUCUGAAGAGGGUCUUUCUGAUAGACCUCAACAGCACUCAUGGGACAUUUCUGGGCCAUAUCCGGUUGGAGCCCCACAAACCUCAACAGAUCCCCAUAGAUUCCACAAUUUCAUUUGGAGCAUCAACUCGCAUGUACACCUUACGAGAGAAACCUCAAACUCUUCCAUCUGCAUUAAAAGGAGAUGAAAAGGCAGGGGAAGAUGAUGAAUUAAAGGGCCUCCUGGGCCUUCCUGAAGAAGAGACUGAGCUUGAUAAUCUUACAGAGUUCAAUACAGCUCAUAACAAGAGGAUAUCCACACUAACUAUAGAGGAGGGCAAUAUUGAUAUUCAGAGAGCAAAGAGGAAGAGGAAAAACUCCCGUAUAACUUUCAGUGAGGAUGAUGAGGUUAUUAACCCAGAGGAUGUUGAUCCUUCUGUUGGGCGUUUCAGAAAUAUGGUGCAAACAGCGGUGGUUCCCGUAAAGAAGAAGAAAACUGAAAUUACUGGAUCCCUCAGUCUAGAAGAUUCAGUGGGAAGGCGUGUCCAGAACUUUCCAUUUACUGGAGGCCUCUAUGGUGGGCUUCCUCCAACACAUGCUGAAGGUGGGGCACAGACAGCUGGAGGCCAUGGCACAGCCCUGAUGGGUGGUAUGCCCUUCCCUAAUCUUGCUCCUGAGGUGGACCUUGCACCUACUACUGCUACUGUUGCUCCCAUAACUGUUGCCCCUGCUCCAUCCAGCUUUACUGUUGAAGCUGUUAAUGAACCCAAGAAAAAGAAGUAUGCCAAGGAGGCCUGGCCAGGGAAGAAACCCACUCCAUCAUUGCUCAUCUAAUCUCACCAACAUAGGCCGAGACUGGGGCAAUAAGCCAACACUCUGUUUUUCGGGUGUCUGCCAGAAAGACGGCAGCUGGCACAUUUUUAGCCAGGUUUUCAUGGUCAUAAAGGUCCUUUUUGCUUUAGCUGUAUGAAAAAAACUGUCCGUAAUCCGUCAAUAUAGGGGUGUCUUUAAAUUCCCUCUUGAUAAUGAAAGAACCUCAUUUUAUAUGGAACUUGAAUUUGUAUCACUGGUAAGAAAAAGUCUCCAAAAAAAA